AUGGAUAGGAAGAUUUCAACGCUAAAGGGUUACAUCACGAAACACCCGAUGAUGAAGAAGGAGAACCUGAACCCUAAAACCUGGCUCACAGCAGAUCAGGUCAAAGGCUUCACAGAUUUCGUACUGCAGAAGGACACCAACGCUGAGACAGACUCGAGUUAUGACGAUGUGGAGAUGUUACUAGACACUGAGAAAGAAUACAUGGAGGCAGUGAAGAAGAACGAUGUUGAGGCCAUGAAACGUCUGGGAAGAGGAGUCAACGUCAACACAAAGAAUGUGCAUAACCGGACAGCGCUCCACUAUGCCAUUGCUCACAGAAACGUGGAGGCUGUGGAAAUCCUCCUUAAACGACGAGCCAGGCUUGAUUUACAAGACAAGCAUGGAGUCGCUGCCAUUCACUUAGCUGCAUGGUUUGGCAGUCUGCCAAUACUGAAGCUACUCGUGCAAGGCGGAGCUGAUCAAAGCAUGGAAACCAAUGAAGGGAUGAACAUGAUGCACUGUGCAGCUGUAAAUGAUCACACAGAAAUAAUGGAGUACAUUGUCAAUGACCUGCAUAUGAAAGAGUUGGAUAAAGAGGACAAGAAUGGGAACAGGCCCUUUGCAGUGGCAGCGAUGCAUGGUUCUGUUAAGAUGCUUCGGAUGCUGAUGGAGGAACCAUAUUGUAUGGUCACCAUGGAGGGAAAUCAGAAUGGGGACACACCCCUACAUUUGGCAGCUCAGAAUGGUGAACUGGAUGCUCUCCAGCUACUGCUGGACUAUUUUGACACUCUCAAUGAAGUCAACAAGGCUGGGCAGACAGCUCUGUAUUUGGCAGCGGAGGAGGCUCAAGAGGAAUGUGUUCGAGCUUUGCUAGAGGCUGGCUGUGACCCAAACAUCCUUAGCACUAGUAAAAACAGCCCUUUGCAUCCUGUUUGUGAGAAAGGUCACACAUCAGUGGCGAAGCUACUUAUUGCGAAUGGUACUAAAAUGGACGUCCAGAACCAGCAUUUAUGGGCUCCACUCCAUCUCGCUGUGAAAAACUUCCACAUCCCAGUCAUUCACACUCUUCUGGAGUCUGGCUGCAAUGGAAAUAUCACAGAUCACAUGGGGCAGACAGCCCUUCACAUUGCAGCAGAACUGGACAAGGUGGAUAUGGUUGACAUGAUUCUAAAAGCUGGAGUUGACUUGGAGAUCAAGGACAGGCAAGGAAAGACAGCCCUGAGAGUGGCAGCUAGAGCGGAUGUGGUGAUAAUUGUGGACAUGAUCAUUAAAGCCGAACGAUAUUUUAAAUGGAGGAAGGCAAACACAGAAUUCACUGAAAGUCUUCACGAUGAAUCCCCUUUGACAUUUAAGCUGGAUCACCGGCCUGAGACAAACCAGAUUCGUAACACCAUGUGGAACCUGGCUUACAAGUCCCUUAAGCGGAAUGAAUGGAAGAGGCUAGCUCAGCACUGGGGCUUUACAGAAGAGCAAGUCGAUGCCAUUGAGGAGCAGUGGACAGGUCCCAACAGCUAUCAGGAGCAUGGAAAUCGGAUGUUACUGAUCUGGCUUCAUCUGGUGUUGAUCGAGCAGAAAAUCCCUGCUAAAGAACUUUACGAGGGUCUGGUUGCCGUGGGGAAUCCAAAAGUAGCAGAAAAAUUCAGAAUGGAGGCAAAGGACAUGACAUCCCAGAAAUGCACAAUUUCAUGA